AGUGAGCCUUCAGGGUUUGCGCAGCCGCAGUCGGUUACCGGUGGUUUACGGUGGCUAUUUGAAAUGUGGGACACUAAAGUGUAACAACAUAGGCUACGUUAUGAUUUUACAUUGAUCAUAUUAUUUUCCGUCAAGUUACAUUUAGAAAGCGGCCACUAUGGACUGUAACGCUGGUGGUAGUAAAGAAGUGGAGGAUGAGAGGUCAUCAUCUCCAGUGGAUGGACAGUCUCCUGUAAUGGAUCGUAACCCAUCACCACCCCCAGACUCAGCUGAUCAGGACGAGGAUGAAGCACUGGACUCCAUUGGUGACACUGUUUACAGCAAGCACUGGCUUUUCAGCACAUUGACUCGCCUCAUUCAUAUUGUUAACGAAAAAGCAGAGGGAGACCCUGACGGUCAAAUGCAACUCUCUGACGAUGAUGAGGAAAAUCUAUGUAAAGUCUGGGAUAUGGCAAUGGACAAGGACGUAGCCAGUUUUCUGCAGGAAUUCAAAGCUACAGAUAUUCUUCUUGGAGUAAUAGCCAAAUCUUCCUGUCCGCGUCUCACAGAAGUUUGUGUGGGAAUACUAGGGAAUAUUGCUUGUUUUCCUGAGACAUGCCUGGCCCUCAGCCAAAAUGAAGACUUAGGUGCUGUGCUAUUGCUGCUUCUUGGUGAUACAGAUCCUCCAACCCUUCUGGAAACAAGCAGAUUGCUGCUGACGUGUAUGUCUCAGGAAAAUGUCUGUUCUUUGUGGCUUGAGCGAAUACGACAGCAGACAUCUGUGUGCUCCAGUCUCUAUUUCAUCAUGAGCAGCUCCACUAACACGGACCUGCUUGAGAAGGUUGGAGAGCUCGUUGACAAACUGUUUGACCUUGACGAAGAGCUGAUGAAGAGUUGGAUCACAGCUCAGCCAAGAGAGGAGGAUCAUGCUGGUGAAAGCCGUCUGGAUGUGGCCUCAUGCCUUCUUGAAGCAGCCAAGCAGCUUAGAUCAGAAAGUCCAAAUGGCCUAGAGGUUUACCUUCACGCGUUUCAGCUUCUCACCACCAUAGAUGAGGGAAUUCAGAUUUUUGCUGACCCUCAUGGACCUGGCAAAGUGGUGUGGAACUUUAUCAGUGGCAUUGUGUGUGAAGACCUUUGCCAACCAACUGAUCUUCCAGUUGUUCUGCAAGAACAGAAGAGCAUUUUGGUCCAGGCAUUUUCUGUGCUUCAUGCUCUUUAUAGAUGCCAAAAACAGUCAUUUACCAACAGUGGCGCAAGUGAACCUCUUAUUGGAACCAUUUUACGAGUUCUCCAGUAUCACAGUGAGAGCAAAGAAGACACCAAAGAUGAACAGCUCCAGAUUCUUUCCGAGAUCUCAGCAGAGUUUCUAGCCGACAUCUGCAAUGACAUCUCUAAGAACACUGUGACGGAUUUGGUAAAGAAAGGUUUCCUGACGGAGAAGUCUUGUCUCACAGCUGCUGCCAAUUUACAUGCUAAAUUUAAGAGUUCGUUUCAACACCUGCACUCUGUGUUGUCAGAGGUUGAUUCCCAACUGGCAGAUGUGAUGGGGAAACAGUUUCCAGUCUGAGGCAGAUCAGUGUUUAGCACUCAUCCAGACCUUAAACACUGCUGUUUAUAGUGGUGCCUGUUUCCAGUUUGCUGGUACACGUCAGAAUAAAUGCAUUUCCACAGAAAAGACUCUGAUCUUACACCAAUGGAAAAGACUGUAUAGUUUUCUUUUUUUAUAUAUACCAGUAUAUUGAAAUUGAAAAUCAAUUUUGUUUGUAUAAUUAAAGUUGUAUUCAUACUUUUUAAAUUGUAUUUUUGUAUUUUUUACAAUUGACAAUUGUAUUUUUGUAAUAACUAAGUAUGUCUGUGUUUGUUUUAUUUUCAUGGCCAACAGACUCAGCUAUCCAACGGUAUUUCAGCUUUUCAAUUAAUAAAAUAUCUGGACAUGAAA